GCCACUCUAUGCUUGGCGCUUGGUUGUUCUGUGGCUUAGUGCACAUUCUAGAGCCUUGGCGCCCUGCCAGUCCGCCCGUUUCAGUUUUGUUUUGAAGCUGUGCGCUUAGGUGUGUUGACAACUGUUCCCACUCCCUACUCCUGAGCGUCGUUGACGGGUGCUGUUUCCCUUAACGCGUGAUGGUUUUGUCAGGAGGAACUACAGUGACGUGACGCGAUGACGCCCACUUGCAGCUAGUUGCGCUGGCGAGAAACGUUCUCCUAAGUAAUGAUGUCUUGCUGCCACCAAAGGGAAUGGCUGUAGGAGGCAAAUACAAUGGAACACAUAGCGACCAAGCGCUGCAAAGACUUCUGGCUUCUCUGGAGCAGGUGUGCCAUAAAGCUCACAGUGCUGAUGAGGACCGUGCCUUCCUUGCUGCUCUGCUCCAAAACAAAGCCCUCCAAGCCCUGGUUCAUAUACAUACAAAGAUUGUCAGCUUUAGUAACAAAGGAAUUGCUCCUUCUAGCUGUGAUGCCUCACUCACUGCCGAAAAGGUGUUACAUGCCCUCCAAAAAAAUGUGGAGCCAGAGGCUAAGGAGCUCUCUAUUUUGAUAUCUUCCCCACAUGUCAAGGCUUUGCUUGAGGCCCAUGAUAUUAUAGCAAGAAAGGACUUCCUGCCAUCGCUCACAGAAGCUAUCUAUGAAGCUGAAGAAGAUGAAGAGACCAUAAAGAUAGUCCAGCUUGUGAAAAGCAACGAGCCACUAGGUGCCACCAUUAAGUACAAUGAAAUUGCUAAAGCAAUCACUAUUGCAAGAAUCAUGCAUGGAGGAGCUGCUGACAGAAGUGGUCUUAUUCAUGUUGGUGAUGAAGUCCAUGAAGUGAAUGGAGUUAGUCUGAAAGGCAAGGCACCACAUGAUGUCGUCAGCAUUUUGCAGCAGAGCCAAGCAGGGACCAUCACUCUGAAACUGGUGCCAGCGGAAGAAGCUUCUGUUGGUCGGGAGAGCAGAGUGCGUGUCCGAGCAUUGUUUGACUAUGAUCCGGCUGCAGAUUCAUUGAUUCCAUGCAAGGAAGCAGGCCUGCAAUUUCAGCGGGGCCAAGUUUUGCACUUGGUCAGCCAGGAUGACCCAAAUUGGUGGCAGGCACGCUGGGAGGGUCAGCGGUCAGCACGUGCAGGACUUAUACCUGCACAGAGCCUCCAGGAAAGGCGUUUUGCAUCAUUGCGAGUGGUGAAUCAGGAUGACGAUGAUGAGGGCUUGUCAGCGGGAUGCUACUCACCGAUGCGCAAAGAGAUGAAGGCUCGGAGAGCCAAGAAAGUCAUGUAUGAUGUCUCUGACAAUGAAGACUUCGAUCGAGAGCUUAUUUCAACUUAUGAAGAGGUUGCCAAGCUUUAUCCAAGGCCUGGACUUCAUCGUCCCAUUGUUCUUAUUGGUCCUCCAGGUGUUGGCCGCAAUGAACUGAAGCGAAGACUUGUUGCAAGUGAUCCUGACAAAUUUAAAACUACAAUUCCUUAUACAAGUCGUCCCAUGAAACCUUGGGAGAUUGAUGGUCGAGAUUACUACUUUGUGAGCCGGUCUGAAAUGGAGGAGAAGAUUCGACUGGGCCGCUUCGUUGAGCAUGGGGAGUACAGGGGUAACCUCUAUGGGACCAGCCUUGACACUGUUCGAGCCAUUGUUGACCUUGGCUACACAUGCGUGCUGAAUCCACAUCCGCAGGCACUGAAAAUGCUCAGAACAGCUGAGCUUAAGCCAUUUGUUAUAUUUAUCAAGCCUCCAAGCAUCGAAAUUCUGAAAGAAACAAGAAAUAAGGCCUGUGCACGUUCUACAUUUGAUGAAAACUGCUCACGAGGUUUUACGGACGAUGAAUUCCAUGACAUAGUUUAUUUAGGCCACAAGAUGGACUUCCUGUAUGGCCACAUGUUUGAUUUGACCAUUGUGAACGAGGAGCUUCCUCGUGCCUUCUACCAGCUGAUGGCAGCUGUGAAAUCUGUUGAAGCAGAACCACAGUGGGUGCCUGCUAGCUGGGUGGUCACGACCCAGUGAAGCCUUACCUCUACAACAUUUGUUAAUGGAGGACCUUUUUCAAAAUGCAUGCGGUGAAGCUUUGUUGUAUGGUCAGUUUCACAUUGAAGCCUAGUUUCUCAACCUGACAUUUGACUGUUUGUGCAUUGUGCAAGCAUAUGUUUUUGUCACUUAUAGUGAAUUUUUAUUAUCUUGUCUAAAGUCUUAUCUUUUUUACUAGCAUAUUUCAGCUCUGUUAACUUGCAGAAACUCGUAUUUCAUUAUCCGAUCAGUGUUCGGAGCUACGAACACAUUUCUCAUAUGCUGUUCAUGCAUCCCACCAGAUGUGUAGACAUAUGUAGACGAAUGUGGUGCAAUAUAUCUAAAUAUUUGGUGACUUUUAGAAAUGUUUUAUCUUGCAGUCUCUUUCUUUCUCUUAUUGAAGUCAAAAAUGCAAAAAAGUCACCGCAAGUGUAUGGUUUAUGUGGGGCAUUACUUAUCUUUAUAGCAGAUUUUCGUGUGAAAACUUUGCUUGUGUUUUAGUGUGCAGUGCAUUUUUUGGAAGCAGCAGAGAGCAUGAACAAAGCUUGUUAACGUAGCAUAUUGUAAGAAUUUUUUAUCUCGUGUUGUAUAUACCUAGCUGUCAACCAGUAACAUUUUAUUCAUAAUUAAGCAGGCCAUGCAACAGGGCUUCUUAUCUUGUAAAUAACUAUCUUGAAGUACUGUCAUUGUUUUAAACUAUUCUUUUCUAGCACAAAGGCAUAAAUUAAUGGUAUGAAAUGAAGAAGCAAUGCAUGGUUAUAGCUGUGAAUGUCGCAAUAAUUUAAUUGGCAGCUUUUGCAUCCUGCUCUACCUAAACUAAAUUUGUAGACCCGUGUACUCAGAUUUAGGUGCACGUUAAAGAA